AUGUAUCUUUUUCAUCCAGUAUGGUCUGCCACAGGUCCUAUGAAUACUAUGAGAAACUAUCAUACCGCAUCUACAUUAACAAAUGGAAAAGUACUAGUUACCGGCGGAUAUAAUGGUGGUGUUUUAAAUAGUGCUGAAUUAUAUGAUCCAUCAACAGGUACCUGGACAACUAUUAAUGCGAUGAGUACAUUUCGAAAAUUUCAUACAGCGACGAUGUUAACAAAUGGAAAUAUAUUGAUUAGCGGUGGAAAUGAUGGUAAUGUCUUUUUAACUAGUACUGAAUUAUAUAACUCAUCAUCAGGCACUUGGACAACUACAGGAGAUAUGGAGAUUGUACGAGGUGCCCACACAGCAGUCAUGUUAACAAAUGGAAAAGUAUUAGUUAGUGGUGGUGAUAGUGGUAAUGGUUUUUUAAACAACGCUGCAUUGUAUGAUCCAUCAACAGGUAUUUGGACAGCUGUUAGUCCGAUGAAUGCUGAACGUGUUUCUCAUGUUGCAUGUAUAUUAACAAAUAAUAAUGUCUUUGUUGCUGGUGGAUACGAUUAUGUUUCUUUGGCUAGUACUGAAAUAUAUAACCCCUCAACAGAUAUUUGGACAACUACAGCUAAUAUGAAUUUUGCUCGACAGACAGCUACAAUAUCUGUAUUAUCAAAUGGAAAAAUACUAGUUGCCGGUGGAGAUGAUAGUGGUUCAUUAACAACUGCUGAAUUAUAUGAUCCAUCGUAUGACACUUGGACAGUUACAGGUAGUAUGAAUUGUGCUCGAAGUGGUCAUGCAGCAUCUGUAUUAUCCAAUGGAAAUGUAUUAGUUACGGGUGGAUGCGACAGUAGUAAUGCUGCUGAAUUCUAUAAUCCAUCAACAGGAAAUUGGAUAAUCACAGGAGAUAUGACGGAUAUACGCUAUUAUCAUACAAUAUCGAAAUUAACAAAUGGAACAGUAUUAGUUGCUGGUGGUGUUUCUAGCAGUAGCACUUAUUUAAAUAGUGCAGAAUUAUAUUAA